CGGAGCUCGCACUCAUACAGUGUUGACUUUUGCUACGCUCACAUUCUUCCGCACAUCGUACGACUUCUGCCUCUUCCCCAAAUGAGCAAAAUGGCCGCUUGUAUUUUUUGCAAGAUUGUCAAGGGUGACAUCCCUUCGUUCAAACUCUUCGAAUCAGACAAGGUCCUGGCAUUUUUGGACAUUCAACCACUGAGCAAGGGACAUGCUCUCGUCAUCCCUAAGCACCACGGCGCGAAAUUGGUCGACAUCCCGGACGACUCCCUCACCGAACUCCUCCCCGUGGUGAAGAAGUUGGCGGUCGCCAGCGGGGCCGAAAACUACAACGUCUUACAAAACAACGGCCGGUUGGCUCACCAAGAGGUCGACCACGUCCAUUUCCAUAUGAUCCCCAAACCCAACGAGACCGAGGGUCUGGGGAUCGGUUGGCCGGCCACGGCCACGGACAUGGAGGCGUUGAAGAAGCUGCACGCCGAUCUCAAGGCGAAGAUGUAAAAAAAAAGAACAGAAGCAGUGACAAGAAGAACAACGGCGACAAAGUCAUGAUGAUCAGGUACCUACUUGAUCAGUGAUACUGUACAUACCGUGGCCAUCAAGAAAAAGAUAGACUCUUGCCAUGCAUAUAUACAAUCAUUUGCACAACCCAACCUUG